UUUUUUGUGGAGUGAAAUAUCAAUGAAUUUGUGAAUACGGCUCGAAAACUGGGUAUAGUUACAAAUAUAGUUACAUUGCAAUGACAAAAAUCUCGUAGACAUCAAUUAGCAUAGCAACUUAAAUUUAAUAAAAUUCUUGUUACUUCGAUUUUCUAAAAAAUUCCCAUUCGUAAAAUUUCAAUUAAUUUUUUGUCUCCAUUCGAACUUUCAGUUAUUCGAAACCCCCACCGAUUUAUUAAACUCAUUCACACUAAAUUCUAAGUUGAACUAAAUUUCUGUACCCUCCACCCACCACGACUAAAAUAAAAUGGAAAACAAGACGGACAUGGUGGCAAAAUACAAUAAAAUGGCAAACUGUACCCAGCGUUGCCCACAAGGAAAAUCUCAAAGCAAAUCCGACACCACUUCGCCCUGGUUUUCUGGCCAAUGGAUCAUGAAAUUUGAGGAAUUCACAUUUAAAUAUUUGGGAUAUUUGUUCAGAACGCCGGAAGAAAUCGCGUCAACUCAAUCACUGACGGACGGAGCACAUCCUUUGGGACAAAAAGUAGUUUUGAACGAUAUUUUGAAUGAGUAAGCUUCAAAAUAGAUGCACCUUUUUGAAUAAUUUAUAAUUAUUAUUAUCGUUUAUUUUUUAAAAUAGAAUCAUUCGAAUAGAAAGCGAGUUGGACGAGGACCACAUCGCCGCCGUGCUUCCACUCAUGGCAAAUUUGACCUUCUUGAAGAAACAGGACUUUAAAUGGGUCAACACCGAAGAGCUCAUAAGCAUGUUGAACGUGUUCAAAAGAACGGCAGAAAGUGCGGCUUAUCGAUGUCUGGACAUGGACACGCAACUCAACAGUAUCGUAGAUUUUGUCGAAAGUAUUCGCAGAUUUGCCGAGUUCCUCUUAAAGACUGCAGUUCCUCCGCCGACUCCCCAAGAGCUUUGUAUCGAAAACUCAGUCACGAAUGUAAAGAACGCCUCCGAGCGAAAUCUAGGCCAGCCAAGCUCCAAACAGGUAAUCGCCCAGCCUGGGGCCAGCGGAACAAGUAACGUUCCGAAAUAUGGAAUUGAUGCGGCGACGGAGAUGGAUGGAGUUGUUGGGGUGAAUAAUGGAGGUUGGACGAAUAACCGGGCACCGAGCCCUGAGGACAAUAAUGUCCCAAACGACAGUUGGGAAAGAGUUGAAGAAUGCCCAUCAGUCAAAAACAUGCAAAGCAUAACCUCCACGAACACAGGAAAUCGGACGCCAAAAGUCGUGUCGGGACACCAGACGCCUCGGACGCAGCCCUCCUACCAAACUAAUAAUCAGAGUUAUAUAAAGAAACCGAAAUCAAAAAAGGGCAACAAAACCGAACAAGCCAGCUGCUCAACUUCCACAAAAAAACCAGUAGUAAAAAGUUGUGGCACUAAUUGUCCCUGCCAAUCCGCCGAUGUUGACUCUUACCAAGGAAAGUCGCGUCGACCUCCAGAGAAGUCACGUGGUGGUGGUGGUGGGAGGGGUGGCAUUCCACCUCGAGAAAAGAGACAGCGAUCGUCACCACCUUGUGCGAAGGGGCCGAGGGAGCCGAGAAAUAAUGAAAACUGGACGCCUAUGAUGGUUCAAGGGACCACUGUUAAGGACGACUUUCCAAGCGUGACGUAUUUUCCGAACAGGAGGGAGCUCAACAUUCCUGGCAUGAAGAUAUUCGACUUUCCCCCAAAAUGUGCCACUGGUCCACCUCCAUAUAAACAGCUCCAUCCUCAAACCCUUAUCCCCAUCAAUUCCACACAAAAGAAAACCAAGAAAAAGAAAAACGUCAAAACCUUCACCGACACAUCAUGCUAGAAAUUGGACGCGCCCCACAAAAUAAAAGUCAGUACAAAUUCUUUUUUUUGUAUAAUUUCCACACAAACACAUUAUCUUGCGUUUUUAUUUCAUUUCUUGUUUCGCGAUUCUUACACACAUCAUUUUUUUCAUCAAUAUUUAUCAUUAUUACGAGGACACCGCGUACAUUCUGGUGCCCAAAUAUUGAUUAGUUUGUUGCGGACAUUACAUUUUUUUUUUCAACGAUUACAAAGCAAUUAUAUUCUAUCAAUUUUUUUAUGUAUUAAUUCGCUAAAGAGCCAAUUACAUAUAGGAUCAUAUUUUGCCAUCCCCAUUUAAUCAUGGAAUUUUUUCAUUAACCGUGUGAGCAGAUUUUAAGAAAUUACAAUGAGUUUUUUUUAUCAGAAGAUGAGAGAAG